AUGUCUAUGCUAGAUAACUUAAAAAAGACAAAAAAGAAUCAUGUGUUUUUAGAUGAGGAGGAUAUGGAUGUAGACAAUAUGGAUUUUCCUCUUCCUAAUGAACCCUCUUCUUCACGAUCGAGUUCUAAUGCAGGUGGCAUGCCUAACUUUGGUCGUGGUGGUAUGCCCGACAUGGCACAACUUCAACAGAUGAUGCAAGGUAUGGGUGGUCUUGGUCGCGGUGGAGGAGGCAUGCCUGAUAUGGCGCAACUUCAACAAAUGAUGCAGAGCAUGGGUGGUCUCGGUGGUGGUCUCGGUGGUGGUGCUCCUGCUCCUGCUCCUGCUGCUGUUUCUCGUAAAGAAAGUGUUGCUGUCGCAACUACACCUUCAGGUACUACUCGUCAAAUGCAUCCUGAUGAAUACAAAGAUUGGGUCUGUGUGUAUCCUUGUUACAUUGAUGCCGACAAAACGGUACAAGAAGGUCGUAAGAUUUCUAAGGAAAAAGCAGCCAAAAACCCUCAUGCUUAUCAUAUGGCAAUUGCCUGUCAAAAACUCGGGUUUUCUGUUGUUUAUGAAGGUAAACGCCAUCCCCGUGAUUGGGCCAAUGUAGGUCGUGUGCGUGUUCAAAUCAAGAAUUCAUCCAAUUUCUUUGUGAAUGCAGAUAUCACUACACGUAAACAAUUGUUUGUGGCUAUUGCCAAAAUUUUACCUGAAUGUCAAAAGACAGGUAGUGUGCCUAAGAGUAUUGUAGGCCCUAUGACCACAUUGGCAGAAAUUGAAGCUCUUGCAGAUGAACAACGUAAGGCUCAAGGACUUCCUACAUUGGCUGAAAUGCAGGCACAAAAUGCAGCUCAACAGCCCCAAAUUCCUGCUAAACCCAAGAAACAAAAGAUUAGAUAUGUGCGUGGUUAA